GUGACUGAAAUGAUCUGAUUUCAUUGAUCACUGCAGGGAAGAUCAAUUAUUUUUAUCAAUUAAACCUGUGAACCAGACCCACCUGUCCUCAGACCUGUCCUCAGACCUGUCCUCAGACCUGUCCUCAGACCUGUCCUCAGACCUGUCCUCAGACCUGUCCUCAGACCUGUCCUCAGACCUGUCCUCAGACCUGUCCUCAGACUUGUCCUGCCGCUGUGCUGCUGCCUCCCUCCAGCAGGGGUCACUGUCUCUCUCCGCUCCGCUCCCUUCUCUCCGUUUCUCUCUCGUCGUCGACGCGGAACUCGCAGUGUUUACCUCCCCGCUGGCUCUCUUUGUUCUGGGGGCAGCGAGUGCGGAGAAGCCGCAGAAUGUGCGCCGUGCAGCUGCUGCGGGUGUCGGUCCAUGAGCGGAUCAGCGCCGCCGCUGAGGGCUUUCUGCUGCAGCUGGAAAAAGGACAAGAAGCGGCAGAGCUCCCGGCGCUGAGAGCGCUGCUCACCGAGCGGCUAACGGCGGCUGCUGAGGAGAUCGUCGGUCUGUUGGAGGAAACCGUGGCGGACUACGAGGACCGAGUGGAGCGGUCAGAGCGGGAGAUCUGCCGCCAGAGGAGGCUGCUGGAUGCCGUGCUGAAGCCUGAAGUCCGGCUGUACCGGACAGGUCAGUCCCCGAUAGCUGCUGCCGGAGACAGCCGAGUGGAGCCGAGCGCCGCCGCACUGGGAGACACUGAGCUGACAGGUAGAGAGGGGCGGAGCUACCAACACCUGGACACAGAGUCUCUGCAGUCGGUGAGCGACUCGAACCUCCAUCCUCCACUCGACCCUGCAGACCUGAUUGACCAUGAUGUCAGCGAUGCGUCCAUGCCGCCCUCACCGUCCUACCAGCCGCCGGUGACCGGCAGCAGCGACGGAGACCCAGACAGUGACUGGGGCGAGCAGAACCGGGCACUUGGGCCUCAGAGGAGGAGAAAGAAGAAGAGAGGACGGCCGCCGCUCGCCAUCAACAAACGGAAACGAUCAAGUCCAGCUCAGCUGUUCAAUUGUUAUGUCUGUGGCCGCUCCCUGCAGGGUAAAGGCUUCCUGCUCAAACAUGUGCUGCAUGCCUGCGCCAACAACCCAGACUACCGCUGCGGCUACUGUGGCGAGUGUUUGGACUCUGCGGACAACCUGAAGGCUCACGUUGAGGAACACCAGCAGAACAGCAAGACGUGCUCGUUCUGCGGGAAAACCUUCCACUCCAUCCUGGCGCAGGAGCUGCAUGUCCGACUGCACACCGGCGAGAAACCACACAGCUGCCACGUCUGUGGCAAGAAGUUCAGCCAGAAAGGUAACCUGACGUCACACCUGCGCGUGCACGCUGCCGAAAAGCCCUUCAAAUGUAAAGAGUGCAGCCGUGCCUUCUGCCACAUGACCUCACUGGAGCGCCACAUGGAGGAGCACAGCGGUGCGGCGGUGCAUGCAUGUAGCGUCUGCGGUCAGGAGUUCAGUAAACGCCACAGCCUGCGGCGGCACAUGGUGACUCAUCAGAAGGACGUCGUCCCCAAACCGAAGAGGUACCGCGGCCCGGCGCUGUCAUACUGCUGUAAGGUUUGUAGCGUUGCCUUUGACAGGAAGAGCCUUUUGGUGAAACAUGUGGAGACGCACCUGCAGGACACUGAGCGCUGUUGCGGACUUUGCGGACACCAGUAUGAGUCUGCCGACAGCCUCGCCGCUCACUUGCGCUCCCACCGCGACACCGGCAGCACAUGUGACACGUGUGGGAAAUGCUUCCCGGGCCACUCGGCACUGCUGAUGCACCUGCGGAUCCAUACAGGUGAGAAACCGUACACCUGCAGCUACUGUGGGAAGGCCUUUAACCAGAGUGGCAACCUGAAAACACACCUUAAAAUUCACACCGGUGAGCGCGCCUUCUCCUGCAGCCUCUGCGGGAAAGGCUUCACACAGAAACAGACACUCGACACUCACGUCCGCUUUCAUAACAAAGAGCGACGCUACCUGUGCCAGGUGUGCGGGAAAGGCUUCAUGCAGGACGUGGACCUGAAGAGACACAUGCUGAUCCACACUGGUGAGAAACCGUACGGCUGCCGCAUCUGUGGGAAAAGCUUCCAGGCCCGACGCUCACUCAACGGGCACCUGAAGGUUCACGCUGCUGGAGCAGCCAGCGCCGCUGCAGUGGACGAGGUGGAGCCAGUGGACGGAUUCUACUCAGGAUUCAUCCAGCUGUAAAGACAUCUGCUGGUCGGAGGGCUGGAACGUGUUUGCAACAUCGAGAUCUGAACACUGCAUUGAUCAGUCUGGUUAUUGGUUUGUCGAUCAGGACUUUGAUGAUCGGUUGAUUGUCCCGGUUUCAUUCUGAACAAUGAUUCUGUUUUCUUUAGCAAAUCAUGAUCUGUCUUCAGUUCGUCUUUUUGUCUGACUCUGAACUCCAUGUUUUCCUUUAUCUGCAACCUUCAGUUUAUUGAUCAGCCUAUUGAUCAACUCAGUGUUCCGUUACAAAUUUUAUUUUUUAAGUUGUUGUUUAACAUCUUCAUGUUACUUACUAUGUUUUUUGUUCACAGAAGAUAAAAACUAAAUCAGACUUUGCUCAGAAAACAGAACGCACGUUUUUCACUCAAUUAAUUGAUAAUGAAAGUGAUUGUUAGCUGCAGAAGUAUUGAUCGAUUGCUGAGCUGCAAGCAUGAGGCCUAUAAUGAUGUUCACGAGUUUAAAACAAUCUGAUGAGAAUUAUUGAUCUGUUGAUUUGUGUUUGAGAUCUCUUCAUUACGACCUCGUCUGUAAAACUCUCUUUAGUCUGAGCUGAUCAACACAUUAUUGAUCAUCUCAGUGAUGAUCAUUUCACCUUGCAAUAGCCAGAUUAAUAAUUGUGUAGUACUUGAUAGUACUCCACAAUAUCAAUCUGGGACCGCUCCAUGUAAAUCCGUUCGGAGGAAAGAGGCACGGAUUGGACAGUGCAACAGUAUGUCCCACCUCUGACAGGUUUGUUUUUAGCCAAUCGCGGGAUCUUCACAAUGAGCGGAGCCAAUUGGUAGAUUAAACUCUUACCAAAACCCAUAGGUAAAAAAGCACAAACAUCUUUACCAUCCAGAAAUGCGCAAAGCGCCUCUCGUUGUUCUUCCUUCAAAGAAGCGAUAGAAGAUUCAGCUAAAACUGACUUAAUAGCAGCAUCUACACGAUCGUUGUCCUCCGUUGCCAUGUUUGUUUUGAUCUACUGGCGCUUGGUGUCGUCGUCACACCCGGAUAUCCCGCCCCACACACGAAUACUGCUGCGUGAUUGGCCCGAACCAACUUGGUGCUGUACGAAAAGUGAAGGCGGGAGCGGAGCAAGAUGGUUUCUUGAGAGAUUUGUGAACUCACAAAUAUCGCGAGAAAUCAACUUGCUGGCAAGGUUAAUGAUCAGUGACAUUGGCUGAGAUCCAUGUGAAUGAGCUGCUGGUGGUGAAUCUGCUGAUCUUCUCCUCUUAUGGUAUGUUGAUCAGUGUAUUGAUUAUUGAUGAUAUAUUGAUCAGUGCGGCGAUCAGCGUAUUGAUUAGUAUGUUGAUUGGUAAUAUUGAUCAGUGUAUUGAUCAGCACUACCAAUCAUUUUAUUGAUUAAUAUAUUGAUCAGUGUAUUGAUUGGUGGUGUUGAUCAGUGUAUUGACUGUGAUAUGGAUCGGUUGUAUUGGUCAAUGUAGUGAUCGUUUGUGUUGAUCAGUAUAUAAAUUGGUUUUAUUGAUCAUAGUAUUGAUCAGUGUAUUGAUCUUGGUAUUGAUCAGUGGUAAUGAUCAAUGUAUUGAUUGUGAUACUGAUCUGUGGUGACCUGCAGCAGGUGAAUGUUUCAUAUCAUAAUGCGACCAUAACAACAUGUCGGAUUGUUUCUGUUUCAGUUGUGACUCUGCAGGUUUCACAUUUGGUUUGACCUGCAGGAGGUUGACAGUCACAGCUGGAGGGAACCAAACAUCUGGUAAAGAACACCUGAGAGGUCUGCAGGUUCCUCACCUGUUUUACAUCAGAGCCUCUAAUCAAAUGUCAGCAAAUAUUGAUCGUCUGUUUCAGCUUCAGCUUCACAAACUUUCAUACUUUCACUGAUUGUCUUCAAUAAAAUCAGUGUUCCUGUUGUGA